UCAAACAUCCAAAAAAUGUCUGCGCUACGAAUAACGAAUUGGCUUACAAAAUCUCUACUGAGAUUUCAAAAUGUGAAAAAUCUCAAACAAGUCUCUCUUACGUAUUACGCCGAUGAUUCGCGGGUGACGAAGGGACUUGUGAUUGGAUUGUAUCAGAAAGAGGGCGAGAAGGAGACGAAGCUAACAUCGAGUGGCGAGAAAUUCGAUGAUCGUGUGCAGGGAAAAGUAACGGAAUUAAAUAAGGAAACGAAUUUAUCUGGCAAAUUUGGCAAAGGAAAAGUUUUUAGCAAUAUUGAUCAGGAGUUUCGGUCAAUAGCAGUGGUUGGGGUUGGGCGUGAGGGCGCCGGUUUCAGUGAAUUGGAGAUGUUGGACGAGGGCAUGGUAAGUUCCAUUACAUUGUGGUCGAGGCGCGUAAAAUUUUGACUUAUCAGCGGGUAG